ACCGUGGCGGCCCCGGUGGAGCCCGCGCAGCUGGCGGGGCCCGAGCUGCAGCGGCUGGUGCAGCGGCUGGUGCAGGUGAUGCGGCGCCGGCGCUGCGUGGGCCUGAGCGCUCCGCAGCUCGGGGUGCCGCUGCAGGUGUUGGCCCUAGAGUUCCCCGAGGCGCUCUUCCGCGCCUGCGCGCCGCGCCUGCGCGAGGCCCGCCAGAUGGAGCCCUUCCCCCUGCGCGUGUUCGUGAACCCCAGCCUGCGGGUGCUGGACAGCCGCCUGGUCACCUUCCCUGAGGGCUGCGAGAGCGUCGCCGGCUUCCUAGCCUGUGUGCCCCGCUUCCAGGCCGUGCAGAUCUCAGGUCUGGACCCCAGAGGGGAGCAGGUGGUGUGGCAGGCGGGCGGGUGGGCAGCCCGUAUCAUCCAGCACGAGAUGGACCACUUGCAAGGCUGCCUGUUCAUCGACAAAAUGGACAGCAAGACAUUUACAAACAUCCACUGGAUGGAGGUGAAUGAUUAGUUUUCCUGCUGCAUCAGGAUUCUGGAAACCAAAACACAGACACCUGGGCUGUGAGCUGGGAAUGGCUUGCUUGACAUCAACUUGACAUUGGCCUGGCUCUGACAGAACACCAUGGAUUGCCAAACCAAGCUGGAGAAAUAUGUUAAAAAUGUUUGCCCUGAAAUCAGCCAUGGACAAAAUAUUGCCUUCAGCUUGAGAAGAAAAUGAACUCCCCCCAAAGAAUGGACGUUUCCUGAUGAUUUCGUAUGGUAAUAAAGGGGGCAAAUGAAUCACCA